UCUCUUUCUUUCCUAUAAAAUCUGGGGCAUGAAUUCUCGCCAAACAAGAUCGAGGCAUUUCCUCAUGUGAGCUCCAACAGAAUGCAUCAUGUCUGGUUUCUAGUCACGUGUUUAGUAUUCUUGUGUUGUUUUCAUUGUUUCGAGUGCAACGACGAGAUCGACAAAAACUGUGUGCACAAAGUCAGGAUGAAAAAUACGAGUGAAAUGUUUAGAGACAAAGAUUGGAAGUUUGAAAUUGUAGAUGGGUUGGAAAUGCAGCUUUCAAAAGAGGGUAAUGACAGCUUUGCUCUUCGUUUACACACCAAAGAUAGUACCGAAAUGCAGAGAAAAAUGAAGAUGUCGAUGAACAAUAUGUUGCCCUAUAUGAUAAUCCCAGGAUUUUUGAUGGCGGGGAUCUUGCCCUGGAUUUUGCCAGGGAUCAAAAUGGUUGUAAUGGCGGUGACGAUGGUCAACCAAAUGGCGUUCAAUAUGGCCUUGUUUGGGCUAAUAAGAAGUUAUAUUUUUGACACAGAAAAGGAGGAACACAUUGUUUACAUUAAUCGUGGUUAUAGGAAAAAAACUGGUCACCCAAAUAAAAACAGGUGACCAGAAAUGGUGUAUUAGAAAAUUUGUACAGUAUGUAAAAUAGUUAAUUUAUUUAUUGUUAUGUUAGUAUUAUUAUUGUAUUGUGUCUGUAAUUUGAGCUUAUAAUAAAGUGUGUCAAUGUAUAAUAAUUAUACUUGUUGUACCUGAAUAAAAUUCUAGUAUAUUAUUUUUGACUGAA